AAAGAGUUAGUUUUGGCAAUGUGAAACUUUCCAGCCUCCCAUAUUCAGGAUUAUUUUAUAUUUUCAUAACAAUCACAUUACAUUAAGUGCUCGCUUGGGUGCAUUCCUGGAUGUGGCCCAGUCUUUUGAUAUGCUGCAUAGGCAUCCUCUAUAAACUUAAAAUGCGUACUCCUUAUUAUCCUCCUGGAAUCCUGUUUAACUGGCUGCUACUUCAGAGCGAGGUGCAGCAACAAAUACUAUAAUACAAGCCAGGGUCCCACAAAGGAACAUUAUAGUCCCAUCCUGUAUACCAUUGAUACUGCUGACUCUCUUAACAUCCCAACACUCCAACCUCCAACAUCCAAGAACGCCUUGAGCUCAAAGACUGGAGCAAAAAGUGGAGGACUGGACUGAAUAAUGAAAAAUGUACACAGUGUGUAAAAACAGUCUUGCCCCACUGUACAUCAACCGGAUGGACUGAACCUAAGCACCAGACUGAUGUGGAAUCCUCACUCAAGACUACUUGUUGUGUCUACUCGUUUACCCUAACACAACAGCACUUAAGGGGCAUCAAUAUGUCCCAACAAUCUACUGGUAGGACAUAAUGCAUUACAAACUUAAUGCUUUUUUUAUUUGUGGCCUGGGAGGGUUCAAAUUGAAAUUCCACCUUGCAUUGAACUUGCUAGAAGACUUGGACAACUACAAAAACCUUUAGAAUUGAAAUUGGUUUUGAACAUCAUUAAACUUUAUACUUCGACCACUUCGGCAUAUGGAUUAGAGCUGUGGAUUGAUACAAAUAUGUUGGCAGAAGACCAAUUAAAUAACUGAUUUAUACAGAGAUGAAAGUUCUUGUAACUAUAGAAAAUAUAUAAAAAAUUAUGUGGGGGGGUCAUAACAGCAGAGGUCAUGUCAACCCCCAGGUAGUUGGUAUUUUAAACAGAGAAAAAAAUGAAUUCAGGGGCCCCUUAUUAUUUUUAGGGUAUCCUAACUUACUCUCCUCUAACCUCUUAAAAUUAUUGUAAAUUGUAACUAUUAUUUAUAGAUAUAUUAAGUGUGCAUAGGAUAAUUUUUAAUCUGGAUUAAAUGUGUUAAUAUUAUUACUUUCAUUAUUAUUUGUAAUUUACUAUAAAUGGGCUGAUAAGUUGGCUUUGUUUUAGAUAACCAGAUGGAGGUUAUAAUUGUAAUGUAGCAUGGUAAAUGGAUGGGUGAUUGAUCUUGUCUACUCUACUAAGCUGAAUCUCACAAAUUCAUUACUGUUGUUGCAGUAAUUUUUAAUACUGAUGAAUUUCAUCCGUUCAUCGAGGCCCUCCUCCCCCACGUUAAGUCUUUUUCAUAUACAUGGUUCAAUCUUCAGGCAGCCAAAAGGAAAUAUUUCAAGAAGCACGAGAAACGCAUGUCGCUUGAGGAAGAAAGGCGAUGCAAGGAGGAGUUAAUGAACGAAAAAGCUGAAGUAAAACAAAAGUGGGCAUCGAGGCUGCUUGGUAAGCUUCGCAAAGACAUAACACAAGAAUGUAGAGAAGACUUUGUACUUAGCAUUACUGGAAAGAAACCUGCAAUGUGCGUCCUGUCCAACCCUGACCAAAAAGGAAAAAUGAGGAGAAUAGACUGUUUAAGGCAAGCCGAUAAGGUUUGGAGGCUGGACCUCGUGAUGGUCAUUCUUUUCAAGGCGAUACCCCUGGAAAGCACAGACGGCGAGAGGCUAGAAAAGGCUGCCGAGUGCGCCCACCCCAACCUCUGCGUCAACCCGUACCACAUCAACGUGUCCGUCAGAGAGCUCGACCUCUACCUGGCCAACUUCAUCAACAGUCAUGAGGUGCUGAGCGGAUUGUGCGACAACAUAACGGACAGGGGCAACUCGAGAGCGAACCAAGGGUACUCGCACAACCCAUACAACGGCGUUGUCUGUAAUGACACUAUUCUAGCCACUGGUGUCUUUUCCUCUAAGGAGCUGUGGAGACUUUCUAAAGCGUCAAUCGUACAAAACUGCAACGGGAUGCAACCUCCUAUAAACGUUAUUAAAAUAGAAAACCCCGGGUACUACUGCAACAGUUAUACGCCUCCAGGUCAAGACCAUGCUGCCAUGAUUCCUUCGGCGCAGUACAGUCCUCUUGGUCUCCCGAGGAGUGGUCAAAGCCCGGGUGAGCCGAGAUCCAAACGUGUUCGAAGGCUGAGCUCGGCCGAAGAGGAAAUCGAACUUGGAAGUGGAGGCGGUGCUGCAACAAGUAGUUCAAGAGAGAAGGCACAGACCGAGGUCGGCUACUACGGACAAAGCCCCGCUUCGCUUUCAAGUCAGACUAGUUGGCACUCAGAUGUCGAGCAUGGGCUGCCCCCACAGCACAGUAACGUGGCUUCGCUUGCGACUGCGACUUACUACCAGCAAAACGAUCAGCACAGCCCGACUAAAUACCCUGAAAACGGACACGACACGUUGUCCGACUUUGUGACUUUUGUAUGUCAAGAGGCAGAAAACGCUCAAAAUCAGGCUGGGCCUUCAAGAAGUCCAAAUAAAUUGGCACAGUAUUAUCCAAGUACAAUGCUUCCUCCACCUCCUCCACCGCCGAUGGCGAGGCCUGUAGCAAUAAUCAGAUCUACUGGUGAAUUGAAUGUGAGCGGUGGAGGAAAUGGGGGUUCGUCACCACCAACUCCACCGGGUGAUGGUUCUCCACCACGAUCUCCUCCCGGCCAGGCGCAGGAUGCACCUCAACAUUCAAGGACAGUAGCAUCAAGUCCCUUUUCCAGAGAUUACCCGUUUACACAUAUACACACACAACCGGCACAGCUUUUUAGUUACCCCAACCUUAGUCCAAUGGGUGGAAUGUCAGGAGUUAUAAGCCCGACCAACUUAUCCUUGUUUUCAACACAAAUCACAGUGGGUUCUCCAAGAACUUCGUCCCGAGGAACUUUACCACGAUGGACUCCUCCUGGAGCUACUGCACCACCACCGCCAGGGCCUGGACCACCAUUUAUCACGCUUGAAGAAGAUUACAUGAUGACUCCAUUGAUAUCUUCUUCUAACCAUGAAACAUCAGCUCUAAUUGAUGAUGAUCGUUAUUUCAACUCAGUCGUUCAAAAUAGUGAGGGGAUGGAUACCAGUUUAGGACCUGGAUCAAAUAGCUCUGGAGGGGCCCCCACACCUCCAAAAGGUUCAGGUACUUCGCCUAAGUCAUCGUAAAAAAUGUAGCAUAGUUUUAUUUCAAUUUUGUAAGUUUUUGUAGAGUUCUUUUUUGUAAACUUCCAAAAGUUACGAGCAACGCAAAUUUUUGGACUUUUGUUCAUAGGUGACUUAAUUUUGAACAAAAGAUUAGUUAGAUCAAUCUUAAGUGUAUUUAUUAUUAUUUUCAGAAGUUUUUUCUUUUAAUAUAAUUGGUCUUGAACAUUUUAUCCUUCUAGCUUUAGACGGAUAUUGGUAAAAGACAACGGAAAAUAAGAAAAGGGAAUUACAAAGGAAUUUUUUUUAUUUAUUUAAAAUUUUUUUUAAUGAUUACUUGUAAAUAGUAUUUAAAACUGUGAAAUAAUUAUUCUAGUGUUAAUUGAAAAAAUUUAUUUGCACUGUUGUAUACUUUUGGUUGUUAAACUAUUUAAAAAAAUAAAUAAAUAAAAUGGUAAAUAAAUAUAUUAAUGUUAGAGGUGUAUAAAAAAACAAAACAAUUUUUUACUAUUUUGCAUAAAUGGAAUCUCAAAACUUUCCCGGUAAAUAUUUAAAACUUUUUGUAUUUUAUAAUAGUUACUGGCAUUUGCAUAAAAGGACGACUAAUUUGGAAGAUUCUAGUUGUAGGUUGAAAACAAUAAAGAAAAAAAAUAUUAUGAAGAAAAUAGUAAUAUUUAAUUAGGGCAUCAGAUGCCCUGGCUAUGUAACGCAGCGAAGAAAAAAAAACCCCUUAAAUUAGUCAGAUCUCCAAACGCUAUGAAAACAUCCGAACACAUAAUUAAAUUUAUAUAAGUAUAUUAAAAUGGCCUUAUUAGUACUUUUGAUAUGAUAUGACAAAAAAAUGAAAUAGUUAAAAAAAACUUGUAAAAAUAUGUUUAAAAUUUGACUUGAAAUGAAAGGCACAAAAUUUGCUCAUUUCCAUUGCUCAUAAGCCUUUCCCUGUAAAUUUCCUGCAAAUUCAAACGUUUGUUUAGUUCUUCAGUUGACUACAGAAAUGUUGCAUUAGAAAAAAAAAUCUCAAUGCAAAUCUAAAAUAAUACAAGAGAUAAUUAACUAGUAACCACCGGUAACCGUCUGAUAAAGUUACAGGGGCAAUGGGACUAAAUCCUGGGUUUGAACAACUUUGAAUUUAAAAUUUCAAAUGUUUGUACAAUGUAAAAAAAAUUCCCAGGUAUGUUCAUACGUAUCAAAUCUUAUUUUGUAAUUAUUAAAAAGAAUAGUACAAGUGAAUUAGAAUAGACCGUAACUUAUAGAUCGACGAUGAGAUAUAAAUUUAUACUGUGUUUUAAACGAGUGCGAAAUAGCAUUAUUUUGUUAUUAGCAUUGAACUGAAGGUGUAAUUAGUCAUAAAAAGUUGUGUUUAAUAUAUAAUUUUAUUUUAACCUGAAUGUGAUAAUUUCUAGUGCGUGUUUUCUUGAAAUUGUUUUUAAUUUUACUGUGUUAUAUGAUUAUAUUUUAUUAUAACUUGCUCGUGGCGACUCGAGCUGUAGAUAUGUUAAAUUAUAUGAAGACAAUAUAAAUUAUUUAAUGUUGUUAUUACUAGAAAAAUAAAUAUUAGUCAUUUUUAAUUUCAAAACUACUGUAGUUUCUAAAAAAAAGUUGUUUUUUUUUAUUUAAUUUUUUGUGUCAUUAUGUUUUCAUCUAAUAUAAAGCUAAAUUCAAAUGUUUGUUUUGUUUAUGUUGUUAAGUUGAAACAUUGUUAGUGUACAUAAUUUUUAAGCUCAAAAUGUACUGUACAUUCAAGUUGAUUUUUUUUUUGCCAUGUCCAAAUGUUCAAACCUAUAAGGUUCAUAUAAUAAAAGUAUAAGGUCGAAGCCAUAGAGAUAUGAGCAUUAUAGACAAUUCGGAUGUAAUUAACCUUUACUUAUAUGGUGAUUUUAUUGUAGAUAGAAAAAAAAAGGUAACAUCCAACUUAUUGAAAAAAAAAUUUAAAAAUUCAUGCAAAAGAAUUAUUAAUGAAACUCACAUUUCUUAAACAAACAGUGGCACAUUAGAUGAAGUGUAUUGUUUGAACUAUUUAUUUCGAAUAUUUAUUAUGCUUGAAACCUUACAUUUCUGGUAUAGUCGCAUAGUCAAUUAUUAUUAUUACUAUUAAGCUAACGCACUUCGCCUAUAAAUGGCGAACGUUUAAAGCUGCUUAAGAUGAAAGUUUCAUCAUAGAACCUGUAUAUAUGAGAUAGAUGAUGUGAAAACAUCAUUCUAGUGUAAUAAUAAAAAUAUUUUAUAUUUCUGCAUAUUUACAAGAAAAAAAAAUCUUAAAUAAAAGAGAAGAGACGAGAAAAUUUUCAUGAAAAACACAUUAUGAAUUCAAUACAUUAUGUUACUAAGUUUAAGAAAUGUCUGGGGCGUUUUGCGUUUUUUCUGUUUUUACAGGUAAUAACCACAAAUUAUUAUUAACGUCGAAAUAUUUUCUCAAAAUACUCAACUACAAAAAUCAUGACAAGAAAUUCUAGUUAUAUAAUUGUAAAUUGUUAAUACCAUUUUUUUGAAAUAAAUCUUAAAUUAUAUUUGUUACAACAAAAAAAGAAAAAGACGAAG